UCUCUCUCUCUUUGCUUUCUUCGUCCCUUCCCAGUUGUCACUUUAUUACUUCAUCAUCUCUUUGCACUCGAAUCACAGAUCCCUCGUUCCUUAUCUCUCUUCUCCAACUCUCUCCUCAGAUUCCCAAAUCUCAAAACCCUAAUUCCCAAAUCUCGCAUUCGAAUUUUCUUACCUAAAUAAUCUCAAACAAAACCAUCAUCAUCAUCGAGUGGAUCAUAAUACACGGAUUAUGUAGUUCAGAUCUCAAAGGAGUUCGAAUGGUUGGGUAAAACACAAAAAAUGGAUCAGAUGCAGACACACGAACCGAGAAGGGUCUGGUUUGGAUUACAAAACACAAUAGUUCUCCUCGUGGGUGGAAACCAUACCUCCUCCAGGUUUUGCACUCGUUAAAUCUCUUUCCUUCCUCCCGAAUUGAAUUAUUCUACUUCCAUUGAAUCUCUCUCUUCCGAGUAAAAAAAUCAAAACUUUCUCGAUCUUUUUAAAUCUCCUCGCGAUGGGUCUUGAGCCUCUGAAGCUGAAACUAAUGCCCACCUCUCUCCGUCGGCGCGUGAUCCUACGCGCCCUCGUGAUCCUCUUCGCUUUCUCUCUCGUCUCCAUCAUACGAAACCUCAACGGAGCUUCGGAGACACACCACCACAACCACACGCGUAAAGUCGAUGACUGCGCAGUAAACUUCGCGUUUCUCGGGCCGUUCCUCUUCUCAGACAACAACGGCUUCCUCUCCAACAACCUCCUAAGACCUGUCUGGAACUAUCUGGAAUCAGAGAAAUGCAAGAAAAGCAUCAACUUGACUACUAAAGUCAUCACAGAGCUUAAAGGUUUGAACUUUGUGCGUAACGAUGAUAAAACUCUCUGUAUUGGACAGAGAUCGGUUUCAGCUCUUCUCGCUAUGAACUCACAAGGGUUCUCAGAUGCUCGCGUGGCUUACACGCCACCUGUUUUCUCUUUCAAACACAGGAAGUUCAGUAAUGGUGGUAACUACUUACUACAGUACGAAGACGCUUCUUUCGGUUUCGUCUUAUCUACCGAUGUUGUUGUUGAGACGGUUUCUUCUGUCGUUUAUGAAAUCGAGCGUGUGCUUAAGCCCGGUGGAACCGGAGCUAUGAUGCUUCUUGUUGGGUCUGACUCCAACGGGUUGGUUAGAUCGGUUUCUCCUGUUUCUUCACUGCUCAAGAACUCGAGUGUUGUUCAUGUUGGCUCCUUUGGUGAGCAGGUUUUGGUUGUGUUCAGGAGAAACAGUGAAGAAGUUAGUUUCGGAUUGGAUCAAACUCAUCAUCACAUGCCGGAUGAUUGCGUUUCUGUAGCUAAUAACCGACCUUACAUUGGGUUGUUGGAGCCUCUUCUCGAGGAGAAACGGUCGGAUUUCGAGAGAAGGAUACAUUACUUGCCUGAGUUUAUUGAUCUUUCGUCUAGGAAGAGGCUGGUUUAUGUUGAUAUUGGUGCAGCGGAUCAUCUCACGCCGAGAUCGGAUUGGUUCUUCCCGUCGUAUCCUAUUGACAAGAAAGGGUUUAACAGCUACUUUGUGCAUCACAACACGUCUAUCUUGACUUCUUAUGUCAAAAGCCCUGGUGUGACCUUCGUCUACCAUCCGGGACUCUCAGGAGCAGUAGCUAGUCAUGGAGAGGGGGAAGAAGAAGAAGCCUUUGUAGAAGAGGACAGCUUUGAUUUUCUUGCGUGGUUCAAGGAAACGGUUAGCUUUGCUGAUUUCGUGGUUCUGAAGAUGAAUACAAGUGACGCUGAGUUGAAGUUUUUGUCGGAAUUGAUAAAGACUGGUGCGAUUUGUUCGGUUGAUGAAAUGUUUCUUAAUUGCACUGGGUCUGGAGACUGCAACAGUGUUAUAAAGAGCCUUAGAAACAGUGGUGUCUUUGUUCAUCAAUGGUGGGGAGACUAAGAGCUCAAGCUAUGAAUGGAGCUUAAAAAACUUAAACUAUGUUGUUUGAUAAGUUUACGUUGUGUUGUUUUUCUAUGUUUGCAACAAUCUUUGCUCAUAUGUAAGAGCAAAGCCGCAGAAGUUAGCUCCAGGGACUCGGCGCUUCCACGGAUAUACCUAAAAUAAGCAGUCGCCAUUAUGUACUUUAUGUAUGUGUGUUAUCAAUGAAGUUGCUAUGUUGUGUGUUUCUACUGGUUUUAAUGGUCUGUUUAAAUUCAAUUAAUCAGAAGACAUGAACUCUCAA